CGUUCGCUGAAGAUCACCUUUAUGAAUGUUCCUUUUUCUUUCAGCAUCAGUAACGUAUGCCGUGUGACAACGUGGUAUUGCUGCUUGGUUAGAUUGUGCAGAACAAAUUGAAUUACAGUUCAUCUGAGAUAUAAUGGUUGACUCAAAAAACGACACAGCUGGUAGUGAUGGAGCACCACCAAAAACUGCCAAGCAGUUAGAGAAAGAAGCCAAAAAACUUGCGAAACUUGAGAAAUUUAAACAGAAGCAGGAUAAAAAGGAUUCCGCUUCUACGAAUAAACCGAAGGAAAAGCUAGAGAAACUGGAAAAGAAGAAAGAAGUCAAAGAAUCUCCGUUGUACACAAUCAAUACACCAGUAGGGGAGAAGAAAAAUGUAUCCUGUCCUAUGCCUGAUGCAUAUAGUCCAAAAUAUGUGGAGGCUGCCUGGUAUUCUUGGUGGGAGAAACAGGGUUUCUUUAAACCUGAAUAUGGGAGAAAAACUAUUUCGGAGCCAAAUCCAAAGGGUAAAUUUGUCAUGGUUAUUCCACCACCUAAUGUAACAGGUGUACUUCAUUUGGGACAUGCUUUAACUAAUGCCGUUGAGGAUGCUAUUACGAGAUGGAAUCGCAUGAAGGGGCGCACUACUCUCUGGAACCCUGGCUGUGAUCAUGCGGGCAUAGCCACUCAAGUUGUGGUUGAAAAGAAACUUUGGCGUGAUGAAAAGAAAACCAGACAUGAUUUGGGACGUGAGAAAUUUAUAGAAAAAGUUUGGGAUUGGAAAAGAGAAAAGGGUGAUCGAAUUUAUACCCAAUUGAAGAAGCUAGGUGGCUCCUUUGAUUGGGACAGAGCUUGUUUCACUAUGGAUCCAAAGCUCUGUCGUGCAGUCACUGAAGCUUUUGUACGUUUACACGACAGUGGCGAUAUAUACCGUAGUAACCGUUUAGUAAACUGGUCCUGCACCCUCAAAAGUGCAAUUUCAGAUAUUGAGGUUGACAAAGUUGAACUACCUGGUAAAACAUUGCUCUCCAUUCCUGGAUAUCAAGAAAAGGUUGAAUUUGGUAUUUUGAUAUCAUUCGCAUACGAGGUGGAGGAUUCCGACGAGAGGCUCGUUGUGGCUACUACAAGAAUAGAGACAAUGCUCGGAGAUACUGCUAUAGCGGUACAUCCUAAGGAUUCACGUUACACUCAUCUUAUUGGAAAAUUCGUAAGACAUCCUUUCUGCAGCAGGAGGAUUCCAAUAAUCGCUGAUGAGUUCGUAGAGAUGGAUUUUGGUACAGGUGCAGUGAAAAUAACUCCAGCUCAUGAUCCUAAUGAUUAUGAAGUUGGAAAGAGACACGAUUUGCCUUUUAUCACGAUAUUUGAUGAGGAUGGUAAUAUAAUUGGUGAUUAUGGAAAGUUUACUGGGAUGAAGAGGUUCCAUGCUAGGAAGGCCAUUCUCGAAGAAUUGACUGCUAAGAACCUUUAUAUAAAGACGAAAGAUAAUCCCAUGGUUGUCCCUAUGUGUAGUCGAUCGAAGGACGUGGUUGAACCUCUUAUAAAGUCACAGUGGUACAUAAAGAGUGAUGAAAUGGCUGCCAAUGCCAUAAAAGUUGUAAAGAACAACGAAUUGAAGAUUAUUCCAGAUCAGCACAAGAAAACCUGGUUUCAUUGGAUGGAAGGAAUUAGGGAUUGGUGUGUUUCUCGACAACUUUGGUGGGGCCACAGAAUUCCGGCAUAUUUUAUCACUGUUUCUGAUCCAUCAGUACCUCCUGGAAUGGAAAUUGAUAAUAAUUAUUGGGUCAGUGGAAGGUCUGAACAAGAAGCUAAAGAAAAAGCUGCUGCUAGAUUCGAAGUUAGCUUGGAUAAGAUUUCUCUUCAACAAGAUCCAGACGUAUUGGACACUUGGUUUUCUUCUGGACUGUUCCCUUUCUCCAUAUUCGGUUGGCCAGAGGAGACUGAAGAACUCCAAGCUUUUUAUCCUGGCACUCUACUUGAAACUGGCCACGAUAUCCUCUUCUUUUGGGUUGCACGGAUGGUUUUUCUUGGUCAAAAAUUACUUGGAAGGUUACCAUUUAAGGAAGUUUAUCUACAUGCAAUGGUGCGAGACGCGCACGGUAGAAAAAUGAGUAAGUCCCUGGGAAACGUUAUCGACCCAAUGGACGUUAUAAACGGAAUAUCCUUAGAAGAUUUGCACAAACAACUCCAAGAAUCUAAUCUAGACCCAAAGGAACUAAGUCACGCAAUUAAAGGACAGAAACAAGAUUAUCCUCAGGGUAUCCCAGAGUGUGGUACGGAUGCACUUCGAUUCGCUCUGUGCGCAUACACUAGUCAAGGUCGAGACAUAAAUCUGGAUAUUCUUCGCGUUCAGGGCUACAGAUUUUUCUGUAACAAGCUUUGGAAUGCAACAAAGUUUGCUUUGAUGUACCUAGGGGAUGGUUUCUCUUAUGACAGCGAAAACGAGCAGAGUGACAGUGAUGAAAAAGCCGUAGAAGUCGUGGGAUCAGAUAACUGGUAUCUGAGCACCCUGAAUGAGAAUUGCGUCCAGGAUGCCCUUGACAGCUAUUUAGCAGAGUAUCCAUAUAUUGAUGGUUAUACGGUAUCGCAAGCUGACCUUAAAGUCUACAGUGCAAUCAGUGCACUGCGUAUUGACUUUAAUCAUCGGCCCCAUCUGCGACGCUGGCUGUACCAUAUUAAGAGCUUUAACGUUCAUGAGAAGUCAGUUUUUCGCUCUGAGCACGGACAGAUAUUGUCACAGUGCACAUUUAAACUAACUAGUAGUCAUGAUGCUGGAUUUCAGCUUACUGGAAGCGAAUCCAAUGUCGAUCUCUGGAUGCUGUCCAGGUUGAGUUAUGCUGUACAAGUAUGUGAUGAUGGGAUGGCUCAGUAUGAUUUCAAUGCAGCUACAACAGCUUGCUAUAAUCUAUGGCUUUAUGAUCUCUGCGACGUAUACUUGGAACAUCUGAAACCUGUAUUCCAAACUGGAAGCGAGGACAGCAAACAAGCAGCUCGUAGAGUCUUGUUCAAGACUCUGGAUGUUGGUCUCAGAUUACUGAGUCCAUUCAUGCCAUUUAUCACUGAAGAACUUUACCAACGUUUACCACGUACCAAGCUAGUGUAUCCCAGCAUUUGUGUUAGUCCCUAUCCAGAGGUGACAGAGUGUCCCUGGAGAAAUAUGGAAAUAGAAGCAGACAUGGAAUUUAUCCAGAAACUAACGAAGAGUGUCAGAUCAGCAAGAGCUACGUACAAUUUACCGAACAAAACAAAAACCGAAGCCUUUUUGACCUGCAGCGAUCCUAGCCUUGAACAAAGGCUCAUCAAGUUUCUGGAUAUCAUUGGAACACUGGGAUACUCUAUUGUCCAAUUUGGCAAUCCACCUCCAGGUUGCGUUAUCCUGACAAUAUCUGAUAAAGUUUUGGUGCAUCUUUUGCUCAAGGGGUUGGUGGAUCCAGAGAAGGAGUUGGAAAAAUUGGAAAAGAAGAACGAAUAUCUGGUAGGCACAAUAAAUAAAUUAAAGCAAGCGAUGGUAGCCUCUGAUUACAGUAUUAAAGUACCUGCCGAUGUACAAGCAAGUAAUCAAGAGAAACUUGUAAAUAGCGAAGGAGAACUAGAAAGGCUUUGCGAAGCAAUGGAGGCUCUACGUACGAUGCAAUAA